ACGCGGGAUUUCCGGUCCUCCUAUCGCGAGAUCGCCCUAGUGGCGUUGGACAGCUAAGGCCACGGAAGGAGCCGGAGUGCGGGAUGCGCUUGGAUUUGUCGCGCCGGAGCUGUAGGUCCCGAACGAACGAUGGAGUACAUGACCGAAGCCGUGGAUCGCAGCCCGGGACACAUCUUGUGCUGUGAGUGUGGUGUCCCAAUUAGUCCAAAUCCUGCCAAUGUUUGUGUGGCCUGUUUACGAAGUAAAGUUGACAUCAGCCAAGGUGUUCCAAAGCAGGUCUCCAUUUCUUUCUGCAAACAAUGUCAAAGAUAUUUUCAGCCACCAGCAUCUUGGGUACAGUGUGCUUUAGAAUCCAGGGAGCUUCUUGCUUUGUGCUUGAAAAAAAUUAAAGCACCUCUGAGUAAGGUUCGCCUUGUCGAUGCAGGUUUUGUUUGGACUGAGCCCCAUUCCAAGAGACUUAAAGUCAAAUUGACAGUUCAGAAAGAGGUGAUGAAUGGUGCCAUCCUUCAGCAGGUGUUUGUGGUGGAUUAUGUUGUUCAGUCCCAGAUGUGUGGAGAUUGCCACAGAGUAGAAGCCAAGGACUUCUGGAAGGCUGUGAUUCAAGUCAGGCAGAAGACUCUGCACAAGAAAACUUUCUACUAUCUGGAACAGUUGAUUCUGAAAUAUGGAAUGCAUCAGAAUACACUGCGUAUCAAAGAGAUUCAUGAUGGUCUGGAUUUCUACUAUUCUUCAAAACAACAUGCUCAGAAGAUGGUGGAGUUUCUUCAGGGUACGGUUCCUUGUAGAUAUAAAGCAUCACAAAGAUUGAUCUCUCAAGAUAUCCAUAGUAACACAUAUAAUUACAAGAGCACUUUUUCUGUGGAAAUUGUUCCAAUAUGCAAGGAUAAUGUUGUCUGCCUGUCACCAAAACUGGCGCAGAGUCUUGGAAAUAUGAACCAGAUAUGUAUUUGUAUUCGAGUAACUAGUGCCAUCCAUCUCAUAGACCCAAAUACUCUACAAGUUGCAGAUAUUGAUGGAAACACUUUCUGGAGUCACCCUUUCAAUAGUUUAUGCCAUCCUAAACAGCUCGAAGAGUUUAUCGUGAUGGAAUGCAGCAUAGUCCGAGAUCUAAAACGAAGUGCAGGGGCUGGAGUCAUAUCAAAAAAGCACACUCUUGGGGAGGUCUGGGUCCAGAAGACAUCUGAAAUGAAUACAGAUAAACAGUAUUUUUGUCGGACUCACCUGGGACAUCUUUUAAAUCCUGGAGACCUGGUGCUGGGAUUUGAUUUGGCCAACUGUAAUUUAAACGAUGAGCAUGUCAACAAAAUGAACUCAGAUAGAGUUCCAGAUGUGGUGUUAAUAAAGAAGAGCUAUGACCGGACGAAACGCCAGCGCCGUAGAAACUGGAAACUGAAAGAGCUUUCGAGAGACCGAGAAGACAUGGACACAGAUGACGAAAGGCAAUAUCAAGAUUUCCUUGAAGAUCUUGAAGAAGAUGAGGCAAUUAGAAAAAAUGUCAACAUUUACAGAGAUUCCACCAUCCCUGUGGAAAGUGACACAGAUGAUGAAGGAGCGCCUCGAAUUAGUCUGGCUGAGAUGAUUGAAGACCUUCAUAUUUCUCAAGACGCCACUGGUGAAGAGGGUGCAUCAAUGAUGUCCUGAUGAGUCACGUUAGAUGCCUGUGCACACCGGUGACCUCGGGAAGUCCGCCGAAGAACCUUUAUUGAGUAGUGCAUGUGUUCCCUUAUAUUCUGAGAGGAGAAAUUUGGUCUUAAACUUGAAUAAAUGACUAUUUUGAUUAUUUACCUAAAGUAUUGAAAGGUUUCAUAAUUUGGUAGUAAGAAAUAAGAGAUUAGAUGGGGUAUACUUGUUACUGAUAUUUAGGCCAUUUUAUGCAAUUUUAUCGGAGGAACUAGAGUAGUUUUACUACUUUAGUUCUGGAUUCAAAUGAAAAUGUUAGGAUUCUUUGUAUAUUAACCAAAUAUAAAAACAUAAACCAACCUCUUAACAUUUGUUUUAUAUUGAUUGCUUUAUGAACAUAUAGAAAUACAUACGAAGCACUUUUAAUAUAUUCAAGUACUUUGGUCCACUUUAAAUCACUUCUAUAUCUUUGGGGUUGGGAAAUGAAGGUUCAGUUUGUCACUGGACAAUUGGGAAGUUAAUUUUAUUUCUAUAUAGAAUUAGUAUCCCUUUUCUCCCUGGGAUUAAACCCAAGGCCUUGUGCUUGCAAAGUUAGUGUCCUGUCUUUGAGCUACAACUUUAGCUCUACAAAAAAACUUGUAACUGAGGGUUAUUUUAAUUUUUCUUUCAGUAGAAUGAAAUGUAUUUAAAAUGUGUAUAGAUUUGUAGGGAACACAGACUUGUUUUAUAGGUUCAAUAAAAAUUUCUGUAUUGAUUCUACCUUGGACAGCAGCUUAGGGUAAUAGCUUGCUUAUAUUAUAAAAAUGUCUGCUCCUUGUAUCAAGGAUAUAGUUUUUAGAUUUAGAAGACUAUUUUUUUCUGUAAGUUUGUAUCAUGGAACAUAACACACUACUAUCAGCAAGAAUAUGAUUAUAGAUGAUGGAAUAGGAAAACCUUUUAUAAAACCAAGAAUAAUGUCUUCCAUAUUCUGAAAGAAGAGAGUUAGCUUGGGUUUAAGCAUUUUGAAAAUGAAGUUUUGUGACCUUGUUCCUAUAAACAAGAUUUGCUAAACACCUUACUGAUGAUCUUCACCUAGUCUUUGUGUGCCAUUAUGUAUAUAUGUAUACUGUAUGUAGAUGGAGCCAAAUGCUCAGUGCAACACUGUUGUAAGACUUGACUCCUCAGUUUUUGAAGUCAGGAAUAAAGGCCCAAAUAUCCUGCA